CCCUCAGCGCCCCGGCAGAGAGGGAGGACGCGCUGAAGAGAGGCCAAUUCUUCCUAAGUAGCGGCCUGGGGGGCUUGGUGUAGAAGUUGAGAUCACCUGAGCUGCAUUCAUCAUCACCGGUCGUGCAGACCAGCUGCAGUGAGGGUAAAGAUUAAUGGCAGGAGUGAACGGAGAUCGGAAAGGAAAGAAAGAUGACAAUGGGCUUGGCACGGCGAUCGAUUUUGUGCUCUCCAAUGCAAAGCUGGUACUGGGAGUUGGGGGGGCAGCCAUGCUUGGGAUCGCCACACUGGCGGUCAAAAGAAUGUACGACAGAGCUCUCAGCGCUCCAUCGAGCCCUACUAAAGCCGACCCGUCAGGGAGGAGGAGCUGGGAGGAGCCGAGCUGGAUGGGAUCGUCGCCUCGAACGCUGAGCCGUGACAUGAAGCAGAACAUCAGCCGCUCUUUACAGACGCUCCCUACCUCCUCCAGCUCAUUUAAACCAGAUUCAUUGCGUCGUGCGAUGGGUCGUGGUAAAGGUGGGUCUGGAAAGGCUGAUCUCCAGAAAGCGCGAAUGCGUCUCUCGCUCCAAGAACACCUGUGGGCGUUCUUCCACGAGAGAGUGGCGAUUCCCGCAGAGGAGCAAGCAGUCGCCCUUCGUGCUGCGCUGGAUAUCUGCGCCGAGCUCCGGGUCUUCAUCCAUGCCAAACUACCUGACAUGCCUUUACGAGAGAUGUUCCUGAGCGGUAGUCUCUAUGACGACCUCCAGGUGGUGACCGCAGACCACGCCCAGCUGAUGGUACCCAUGAUUCUCGAGAAGAAUCUCUGGUCAUCCGUUCCCGGUGAAGACACCAUCAUGAAUAUUCCUGGCUUCUGGCUGGUCCGUCGGGAAAACCUGGAAUACUUCCCCCGUGGAAGCAGCUACUGGGACCGUUGCAUGGUGGGAGGAUACCUUUCCCCAAAGAGCGUAUUAGAAGUCUUUGAAAAGCUCGUCGCCGGCUCCAUCAACUGGCCCGCAAUCGGUAGUGUUUUAGAUUACGUCAUUCGACCCGUGGUCCCAUCGGAAACGCUAACGUUGGAAGUGCAGUACGAAACGGACCGUCGCCUAUACGUGGACUUCCUCCCGCUGCUUGUCAUGGAGGACGGAGCUUCGCUGAUCGCCAAACCGCACCGAUUGGCCGCCGAUCGCCACGAGAACCUGUGGCGACAGAGUUUUCGAGCGGCGGAGACCGCAAAGUUACGCACGCUCGAUCAGGAAGACGGCGGCUGUCGUUGCGCUUGUCUCAAAGUCGUUAAAGCCGUGUGUAAACUGAAUCCGGCACUGGCGCGAUUAAACGCGAGUCAGCUCACUAAUGCAAUACUCCUCCUAAGUGAACAGGAAGGGAAUUGGUCUCAGGAAGCGCUGGCUGACUGUUUUUUGCACCUGCUUCGUGCACUAGUGGGACACCUAGAGGCUGGGAAGCUACCCUGCACCCUUAAUCCCAAAGUCAAUCUGUUGUGUGAACUUACAGAAGAGGAAGUCGAUGAACUUGGGUACACGCUGUACUGUGCAUUGUCUGACCCAGAGAGUCUUCUGAGAACUGUUUAACACACAUGCAUGCAUCCAUUAUUAAGCGUCAACGCUUAGACACCUAAGACCCAAGUAUUUAGACGGACUUGAUCCACACACAAAUGGCAGUGUUUUCGUAGUAGGUCAAUACAUACGUGCUUUUGUGUAUCCCGAAGGGCCGGUGUCCUGCAGUUUAGCUCUAACCCUAAUCAAACACACCUAAAGCAGCCAUUUGAAGUCUUCUUAAGCAUACUAGAAACUUCCAGGCAGGUGUGUUGGGGCACGUUCAACUCUGCAGGACACCGGCCCUCCAGGACCGAGUUUGGGCACCCAUCCCAUUACCACUUUCUUUCAUGUAAUACGAUCUAAUCUGUCGGUCAUAUUAUAUAUGGGCAAGCAGAUAUCAUUUAUUAUUUGACUCUUAAUUUAGAGCCACCGAACCAAAGUGCUGAUAGAUCAGUGCAUGUAGUGAAGAAUCAGAUUUUACAUUGGUGCUUAAGUGUUAUUUUUAGAUUUCAGGAAUUGUAAUCACAUCUGUGUGUCCUAUGUUCGUGUUACCUAUAAUGGCAAGAUCUUAUGGAUGAAGUGGCACAUUAAAUGUAUCGUUGUGUGGCACAGUAUUUCUUCUGAUUUGUUCCUAGAUUAAUUUAAAAUGUUUUCAGGCCGCUGAUUUUGGGUGACUUCAAAGUAACAUGCAACUAAGGGGACAAUUUGAGAUUAUUAAGAGCGCAUGGUUAAGAAGUAAUAAAAAAUCAGUCCACUAAAGCUUUAAGUGUGAUCGCUUCAUUUAAUCUUUAUAAAUGAGCAGUUUAGAAAAUUGCACGUUUCUGAAAGGAAAAAAUAAAGCAUUUGACGUAGAUCAUGUGAGUAUUAAACAUCCAAUAAUAUAUCUGAAUCCUUGCUUUCAAAUAAUUUUACUUAACCAAUUGAAAUUGGCAUGACUACGAAAAGGAAUAUGAAUAAAAUCAAAAACAUGUUUGAUCAUUUAUUUUUUACCUUUAUUUGCAUCUUUCAAGCUUACAAAAUAUUUGUUGCACUUCAUUUUUUAAGUUUAAUCAAUUUGAAUUUAAAUUAUAAAUAAAUGAAGCUAAUUAUUUUAUUCUUUAUUGCAACUCCUCACUAGUGUAGAAAGUUAAAAUGAAUUAUAAAUUCAAGUUGAUUAAACUUAAUUAAAUUGUAACACAUAAUGUUUUAGUUUAGUGUGUUAUGUCACGUUAUGUAAAAUGCUUCUUAACAUAGCAUCUACAUUCACAUGCGUUGUUUAUUUUUAAAUGGUUCCUUAGUUGGUCAUACAGAUGUUACAACGUGUUACUGUCACACUGCUGAAAUUAAAACCUAAAUAUGUCAUUGAAUUAAAGUGGACCUCCCUAAAUAUGUAGGAUAGUUCAUGGGGACCAGAAAGACCAAUCUGGUUUGUUGGGUGAGUGGAUUCUAGCGUAAUGUUUGGAUGAACUGAAUGGUGUUGCGUGCAUGGCUGCUGCUGUGUAAAAAUGUGUAAGAGCCUAUAAUAAAGAUCUAGUAAAGAAAGACAAAGACAUUUUAGUAUUUUUCUAUUGAUUGUAUAUAGACAUAACCAAAAACAGGUGUGAAAAUGUUCAUAUAUCUUGUCGUGAUGUAUGUUAAGCGCUUGGGGUGUUGUUUGAUAGAACAAAAAUUUUAAUUAGGGUCUCUGUUAUGAAAUGCCAGGACUAAUUAAACUUAUAAGCAUUUAUUUUGCUUGUAUAAUCUGAACAAGACCUGUGUCUACCUGUUAUGUAGCAGAUACACAUGUACUCUGUGCAAAUGGUAAUUUAAUUCAGAGCAGCACCAAAUGCAAAUUAGACAUUGAGUUCGGCUUAGUCUGGUACUUUGCAUGUGAUGUUUAAUUAUUUCUUGAUUUAUUUUUAUUAAACAGAUAUUUGAAAAUGUUUUGGAAGAUUCAUUGUUUUCUGUGCCUCUAGUAUUGGAAUUAAAAUAAAAGUGGAAUGAAACUUAA